AGGCAACUGGUUAAGAACCAACAUAAUGAGCAAGACAAACAUACACUCUGACUUCAGGAGUGCUGCACACAUCCUGGUGUUACCACUCUAUGGCCUCAUGGUUCCAGUACAAAGGCACAGUGAAGAGGUGCAGCUACACAAAGACUGGAUCCUGUACCUCCUCAAAGAUUUCAUGUGGCUAGAUGAACCUAAAAUGGUACAAAUCCUUUCUCCAUUUGAUGUGUGUACUCAAUCAUCUUAAGUGUGCAGCCAGUGACAGCAUCACUGUAGCUCCCUUUGGCCACCCUGCACUUGUACAACUUUAUUGUAGGUUUGUCAACACUGAGCAAAGGGACCUCAAAGUGGUGAUUGCCCUCACAAGCAUGGCCUUGCAACUGGCACUCAGAGGAUAUUCCAGCAGAAUUAUAACCUGUUGUAUUAUGAACUUGCAGGGAACUGAACUUCUGGACUACACCAUGUUGGUGGAUGAUUUGAUUGCAUGAGGAAAGGAGAUGAUAGGAGCUCCUUAACAUCUUAUCACAUCUUUGAUAGUGUCAGAUAAUGUCAUGUACCAAUCAGACAAGCAAUAGC